CUUGUGUGUAUUUACAGGUCUGCCAAUUUGGGUCAGAACCCACUUGUGAAUCUGAUCUGGUGUGUUCAGGUGUCCUGAGACAGGGGGUGCUGUUUCUAAAAUGAGUUCCUCAAAGAUGACCGAGACUGACGAUGGAACCCACGGCCCUGCGAGAAAGAGGGUACAGGUAGAUAGGGCUGGUUCACCUGUACCCAGCUGUCUGUCUAUGAAGAGUGAUCAUUCAAUGCGUCAUCCGGUCAACUUCAGUGGAGAGUUCACAGGUGAUCAAAGGGUACAGGUAGAUAGGGCUGGGUCACCUGUACCCAGCUGUCUGUCUAUGAAGAGUGACCGUUCAAUGCAUCGUCCAGUCUACUUUAGUGGAGAGUUCACAGGUGAUCAAAGGAUUCACUGCUCACUGGAUUUAAGUCGUUCAGAUGAGAUAAGUUCAGAGAAACUGUUCUCCACAAAACAGCUGACCAGCAGCCUUGUGAAGCAGAAGGAUCUCACUGACUCACUGGAGAGAGAUGAGCAGCACAAUACAUCCAUAGAAAGAGCUCAGAAGCUGCUGAAAACUGCUCUGAAGAAGAAGUUUGAACACAUAUUUGAAGGUUUAGCAAAGCAGGGCAACCCAACCCUCCUCAAUGAGAUCUAUACAGAGCUCUACAUCACAGAGGGGGGAAGUGGGGGGAUCAAUGAUGAACAUGAGGUCAGACAGAUUGAGACAGCAUCCAAGAGACACACCACACAGGAGACUGCAAUCCUCUGCAAUGACAUCUUUAAGCCUUUACCUGGACAAGAGAGACCCAUCAGAACUGUGCUUACAAAGGGCAUCGCUGGCAUUGGGAAAACUGUCUCUGUGCAAAAGUUCAUUCUAGACUGGGCAGAAGGAAAAGCCAAUCAGGACAUUGAUUUCAUCUUCACUCUUCCUUUCCGAGAUCUGAAUCUGAAAAAGGAGAGAGAUUUUAGUCUCAUGAAACUUCUGCAGCACUACUUUCCGCAACUGAAAGAGAUCAAAAGUUUUGAAGAUGAAGUCAAAGUUGUGUUCAUCUUUGAUGGUCUGGAUGAGUGUCGACUUCCUCUAGAUUUCCAAAGCAAUAAGAUCUGCUGUGAUAUAACAGAGUCAUCAUCAGUGGAUGUGCUGCUGACCAACCUCAUUCUGGGGAAUCUGCUUCCCUCUGCUCUCCUCUGGAUCACCUCCCGACCAGCAGCAGCCAAUCAGGUCCCUCCUGAGUGCGUCCACCAGGUGACAGAGGUACGAGGGUUCAAUGACCCACAGAAGGAGGAAUACUUUAGGAAGAGAAUCAGGGAUAAGAAAAAGGCCAGCAGAAUUAUCUCACACGUAAAGUCAUCUAGGAGUCUGCACAUCAUGUGUCACAUACCAGUCUUCUGCUGGAUUUCUGCCACUGUUCUGGAGACAAUGUUGGGUAAAGUAGGCAAUAGAAAAAUGCCCAAAACUCUGACUGAAAUGUACACACACUUCCUGCUCAUUCAAACUAAUGUGAAGAAUGAGAAGUAUCAUGACACCCAUGUGACAAACCCAGAAAUCUCAGAGUCAGAUACAGAAAUCCUCCUUAAACUGGGGCAGCUGGCUUUUCUACAGCUGGAAAGGGGCAAUCUGAUAUUCUAUGAAGAGGACCUGAGAGAGAGUGGCAUUGAUGUCAGUGAAGCUUCAGUGUACUCUGGGGUGUGCACAGAAAUCUUUAAAGAGGAGUGUGGGUUGGAUCAGGAGAAGGUCUACUGCUUUGUGCAUCUGAGCAUUCAGGAGUAUCUGGCUGCCUUGUUUGUGUUUCAUUCAUGUGUAAAUGAGAACAGAAAUGUACUCGGAGCAGUAGAGUCAACACCUUGCAGAUACAGAGUGCAGCUGUCUGAGGUACACAGGACUGCAGUGGAUCAGGCCUUAGAGAGUAAGAAUGGACACCUGGACCUUUUCCUCAGAUUCCUUCUAGGCCUCUCUCUGGACUCCAUUCAGACUCUCUUAGGAACACUGCUGAUGCAAACAGGAGGCAGAUCACCUGUACCAGACCCUCAGACACAGACAGGAAGCAGAUCAUCUGUACCCGACCCACAGACAGGAAGCAGAUCACCAGUGCCAGACUCACAGACAGAGAGCAGUUCAAAGAGCAUUCCGAAAACAGUCCGGUACAUUAAGGAGAGGAUCAGUGAUGGAUCUUCAACAGAAAGGACCAUCAAUCUGUUCCACUGUCUCAAUGAACUGAAUAGAAACAGUCUAGUGAAGGAAAUAAAGAAGUUCCAGAGAUCAGGAAAACUCUCUAAUGAAAAGCUGGAACCACACCAAUGUUCAGCUCUGGCCUUUAUGUUACUGAUGACAGAGGAGGUCCUGGAUGAGUUUGACUUGAAGACCUACAUAUCAUCAACAGGUUAUCAGAGACUGCUACCAGUAAUCAGGAACUGCAGGAAGGCCAUACUGAACAGCUGUGACCUCACAGAGAAGUCCUGUGAAAUUGUGGCCUCUGCUCUUCAGUCAUCAAACUCACCCCUGAGAGAUCUGGACCUCAGCAACAAUAACCUGGGAGAUUCAGGAGUGGAGCUGCUCUGUGCUGGACUGAUGAGUCCAAACUGUAAACUACAGAGACUGGACCUCAGCUACAAUAACCUGGGAGAUUCAGGAGUGGAGCUGCUCUGUGCUGGACUGAUGAGUCCAAACUGUAAACUACAGACACUCGGACUGAACAGCUGUGGCCUCACAGAGAAGUCCUGUGAAAUUGUGGCCUCUGCUCUCCAGUCAUCAAACUCACCCCUGAGAGAUCUGGACCUCAGCUACAAUAGCCUGGGAGAUUCAGGAGUGAAGCUGCUCUGUGCUGGACUGAUGAGUCCAAACUGUAAACUACAGAGACUGGGGUGAGUAGUGCUGUGUACUGUGUCACCUUAACUAAAUAGAAUUAGUGAUUAUGGCUCUGUGCAGUGAAAUAUAUGAAGUGCUUUCUCUCUGUUUACUCCUGUGUCCACCAGCAUUCUGUCUUUGUCCACAUUGUUCUCAUCCCUCUCUUCUAACUGCUCUAGCACAACAAAGAAAAGCAGGAUAAACCCUCAUGAGUCUUAGGGUUGCCAGGUUUGUGGUUCUUGACCAGAAUGUAAGUUUUCAGUGGAGUCUGUAGUAUCAGGUCGCAGGUGAUGACUGAAUGCUGAAUGCAUGAUUGACAUUGUAAAAUAUUGACCACUUCAGUACAGUAAUAUGUUUCACGUCGAUCAUAACAUAACAAAAAUAACAUAACAUAACAAUGAGAAU